GAUCAUAUGCCUGGUGAGAGCCAGUGUGAACUUUGAACUUGUAUGUGUUUCGAUCGCACUUUCGACCUCAAUCAUCCGCCAUGAUGUCUACAAAGAUGAUAUACGGAACGGCGUGGAAGGGAGAGAGGACAACCCAGCUUGUCGUGAGCGCAUUUCUGCAAGGUUUUAGAGCUGUGGAUACAGCAUGCCAGCCAAAACAUUACAGAGAAGACUUAGUUGGGAAAGCGCUCGCAACUCUGCGGGAUAAUCACAAGAUAAGGCGGGAAGAGAUAUUUAUUCAGACGAAAUACACCCCUAUAGGAGGUCAAGAUGUCUCUAAACCACUGCCAUUCAAUCCAGCAGAUCCUGUCCGAAAACAAAUAUUAUCUUCCUUCCAGACAUCUCUAGCCAAUCUAGAAACAUCCUAUCUAGAUUCGUAUCUGCUUCAUUCGCCAUUGUCAACAUUGAAACAGACUCUGGAAGCGUGGUGCGUUCUCGCGAGCCUCCAAGAUGAAGGCAAAGUGCGCAAGAUUGGGGUGAGCAAUGUUUACGACACGGCACUGUUGGAAACUUUGAGCGCAGAGAGACAAGUGCAAGUCAUUCAGAAUAGGUGGUACGAGGGUAAUGUCUGGGACAGGGAGGUAUGCAAGUACUGCAAAGAAAAUGGGAUACAAUAUCAGUCGUUCUGGACGUUAUCUGGCUCCCCGAAUCUUUUAUCUCAUCCUACAGUUCUUGAAAUAUCACAUGCAACUGGCAGCACGCCUCCACAAGUUAUCUUCAAGCUUGCCCAGCUCCAAGGAAUUACACCCUUGUCUGGAACCACUGACAGAAACCAUAUGCAACAAGAUCUAGCCGCAGAGCUGCUUGUAUUUCAUAGCGAGGUCGCGAGCCAAGUGAAGUCCGUAGCGAAACUAAUAUGGGGUUAAGGUUGAUAUGGGGACAGUCAGUAGUACUUUGCGUGCCAUCGAAAUGUAGAAACAGCAACUUGUCAGGGUGUACUGAUAGGUAACCACGAGAAUGACGCACACAGUAACAAAACAGUGGAGAGACAAUCUCACAGCUCAUGCCACGUAAGGGAUACCAGGAACAGGAAGAAUUGGGGGACGAUUCUUCCGAUUCUCUAUGAUAGUCGGACAGGCAUAUUUCCGGUGAUUACCUCCACAAACUGGGCAAGGGAGCCGCUUAAUUUCACCAUCAUGAUGACUAACGUGUUCCAAAGUACAAUUGAUACGCCAGUGCUGCCCUCCACAAGUAGGACAGGGUCGACCACGGGGUGGAAGAGUAGUGUACCGCUCAGGACAUAGCGUGGUGCUG